AAGGCGGUGAGGGUAUUUUGGGAAUAGAAAAAACGGAAAGAUAAGAAGAAAAGUAGGUAUCUUCGCGAGACUUUGAGAUUAAAACUUGGGGCCCAAGAAAAACAAAGUAACGGAAAACAAACGAAACGACGACGCGUAAAAUGGCUGUGUGUAGAGUGGGAGUGAGUGGAAAUUCCCCGUUUUGUCGUGGAAAGUUGGAUAAAUUUUCGAGUGUGCCACUGGCGUUGCAGCUGUCUUGUUAUAACUGUUGUAACCUCGUAAAAUUGAGGAUACGCAGUCGUUUAACGGGCUUGAACUUGGAUUCGCCUCCCGACGGGUAUAGAAGAAACGUCGGGAUUUGUCUCGUUGACUCUUCGAAUAAGAAAAUUUUUGCAGCUUCGAGGAUUAAUAUACCGGACACAUGGCAAAUGCCUCAGGGUGGUGCUGAUGAGGGGGAGGAUCUGAGAAAUGCAGCCAUGAGAGAAUUGAGAGAAGAAACAGGUGUUACCUCGACAGAAUUUCUUGCAGAGACACCUUAUUGGCUGACUUAUGAUUUUCCACUUAAAGUCAAAGAUAGACUUAACCGUCGCUGGGGAACAAAUUAUAAAGGUCAAGCACAGAAGUGGUUUCUUUUUAAGUUCACGGGAAAGGAGGAAGAGAUCAAUCUUUUGGGGGAUGGAUCUGAAAAGCCAGAGUUUAAGGAGUGGUCGUGGAUGUUUCCUGAACAAGUUUUAGAACUGGCUGUGGAUUUCAAGAAGCCAGUCUAUGAACAAGUCAUGAAGGUAUUUAAUCCUUACUUUUUGGUAGAUUCAGAUGAAGGACAAUGUUCUGGUAUUAAUACGAGGUGAUUACAGAAUUUUUCUUACAAAAUAAAACGAAGGUGCCUGGUGCCCUUCCUAAAAUGAGUUUAUGCAUCUUAUGUUGGUUUUUGUGGGUAGGAGAAGCAUUGUAUUAGAUAGGUGGCCGCUGUAUUUUGAAUGUGAAUAUCUCCAUGAUCUGUUUAUUUUUGCAAUUCUUUUUUGAUGGUUGGAUGGGGAAUUGCUCCAUUAUGAGUAUCAAGAUAUGAUGAAUGAAGUGAAUAGAUUUCGAGACCCUUUAAUUAGAAACGAAAAUCAAAGACAAUGUUUAAAUUUGAUAAAAUUACUUAUAAAUGAAGAUUC